AUGGAGUCGAUGCCCGGACAGCUACGAGACGCGGGACGAGACGCCAGCUCUUCCCCGAGUUUAAAGCAGGACGCACAGAGUUUCUCCAGCCCCAGCUCCCUCAAACCGAACCAAGUCAGCGAGACCUCCCUGUACGGGGUACCCAUCGUAUCUCUGGUCAUAGACGGCAAGGAGAGGCUCUGUCUGGCGCAGAUUUCGAACACCCUGCUGAAAAACUACAGCUACAACGAGAUACACAACCGGCGGGUCGCCCUGGGCAUCACCUGUGUGCAGUGCACCCCCGUGCAGCUGGAGCUCCUGCGGCGCGCCGGCGCCAUGCCCAUCUCCUCCAGGCGCUGCGGAAUGAUCACCAAACGGGAGGCCGAGAGGCUCUGCAAGUCCUUCCUCGGGGCGCAUAGCCCCCCGAAGCUACCCGAGAACUUCGCGUUCGACGUGUCUCACGAAUGCGCCUGGGGCUGCAGGGGCAGCUUCAUCCCCGCCAGAUACAACAGCUCCAGGGCAAAGUGCAUCAAGUGCAGUUUCUGCAGCAUGUAUUUCUCCCCAAAUAAGUUCAUUUUCCACUCCCAUCGCACCCCGGAGUCCAAGUAUCUUCAGCCGGACGCGGCCAACUUCAACUCGUGGAGACGCCACCUGAAACUGACGGAAAAAAAAACGUCGGACGACAUUAACCACGCGUGGGAGGAUGUAAAGGCCAUGUUCAAUGGGGGGAGUAGAAAAAGGACUCUGCCCAUGAGCGGGUCGGGGAUGUCCUCGUCGAUGAAAUCCCAGGCCUCGUCCAGCCUGGCUCAAACCACUUCCCCGGAGAUCCCUCAUAAAACUUUACGGUGCGACGAGGAUCAGGGGAGCAAUAACCUGAGCUUGGCGAGCGGCGCGCGGAGUUACCCAGUCAUUCCAGUGCCCAGCAAGAGCUUUGGCAUGCUCCAGAAAAUCCCCCCGCCUCUGUUCCCCCACCACCCCUAUGGCUUCCCCAGCUACGGCCUGUGUCAGAAAAAGAGCGACGGUGUGCCAGAUGCGAGCAAAACCAAUGUUUCUGGCGUGUUUUGGCCUGGCGCGAAGGACACCCUCUACCCGGCUUUCCCCAUGUUUUGGCCUACACCUGGCGGCCUCCCCAUGCCGCCCUACCCGGGUUCUCCGCCCAAACCUCCCCCCGAGCUGCCCGGCGUCCGGCAGGGCGAGCUCGACUUAUCGGACCAAAGCGACCGGGGCGCGAACACACCCAAAGACAACACUCACCACCCUCACCAUCAGCAGGACGGCGGAGAGCGCUGUCCAAGCUCCCAGUCCUCCUCCGCCAAGAACGACGAGGACAAAUCCGGGGACGAGACUUGCCAGAGGAAAAUCAGCUACAUUUCGGCCUUCAGACCCGUGGUCAAAGACGCAGAGACCAUCGCCAAGCUCUACGGCAGCCGGGACAGCUACGGCGUGCGCCCUGGCUACCUGUCCCCGGAUUUUAUCAGCGAGGGCUCCAGUUACAGAUCGAUAUCACCGGACAGGGACAGCGUGGUGGACGACGACGACCCGGACGUGGAUGUGGAGUCCAACCGGGGACAAGAGGAGGAGGAGCCGAUCCACAUCUCGCCGGGAGGGGACCACCGUGACUCCCCUGUGCCCGACCGGGUCUCCUCGGGUGCCGAGGAGAGCCAGGAGCAGCCUGAUGCCUCCAGCCCCGGAGCAGCAGCAGCAGCAGCAGCAUCAGCAUCAGCAUCAGCAUCAGCAUCAUCUCCGGAGGACUCCGCGCACACUGGGUCAUCAGAUGAGGACAGACAGAUGCGUAAUGGUUCUCCUCUUCAUGAAGUGUACGCGCAUGAAAAGGAAAACGAGCCCGCGUUGUUCGGGCCCAAGCACUCGAGCAGCCCCCGCAGACCCAACGGUGCUCAUCACGUAAUCGAAAUACAGAACCAACGCACCGCAGCAUCCCACCAGGAGCAGAAGGACAGACAAGCCGAUGGAGCUUUGCGCAUCAACAUCAGCGUGCGCGAGAGAGAUCUGGAGAACAUGGCGAAAGAGGAAUUGCAGAAGCAGCUCGCGGAGCAAGUGGAGCUGAGGAAAAAGUUGGAGAGAGAAUUUCAGCAUUUGAAAGAUAAUUUUCAGGAUCAAAUGAAGCGUGAGCUGUCCUACAGAGAGGAAAUGGUCCAGCAGCUGCAGAUUGUUCGAGACACUUUGUGCAGCGAGUUGGACCAAGAGAGAAAGGCUCGUUAUGCAAUACAGCAGAAGCUGAAAGAAGCUCACGACGCCCUUCACCAUUUCUCCUGCAAGAUGCUCACGCCUCGUCAGUGUUCCGGAGCCUGCACCUUCAAACCCCCGCUGCUGCCUCCCUAG